AUGGCAGAGGCAGAGACCAUUGAAGAUUCUGUAUCGAAAUCUAAGAGGAAACGAGAAAUAGACGUACUCGAACAUCCGGUUGAACUCGAUGCGGAGGUAAGCAACUUUGAAAGGAGUACACUUCAGAAGAAUGUGAAUAUUGUGGGCGUUUUGGGAAUGGGGGGAUGUGGGAAAACCACUCUUGUCAAUAAAAUCUUCAUCAAACGAAGCUCGCGGUUCUCUGGGUCGAGUUUUCUUCGUGACGUGGGUAAAGCCGCAAAAGAAAAUAGCCUCCAUCUGCUGCAGAAAAAGAUAUUGGACGACGUGCUCGGUACUCCUAAUGUUUUUAUAUUCGACGAUGCAAAUCAAGGCAAGACAAUUCUCGCGCACCAGCUUAAGAAUCGUCGUGUGCUGAUUGUGUUGGAUGGCAUAGAUGAUGUGAAGCAACUAGAUGUUCUGAUGCCUGAAAAGAACAGACUUGGAUCUGGCAGCAUGGUUAUAGUCACAACACGGGACGUAGGCGUUCUUGAAAGCUAUGGCAUUUUCUCCAUCUAUAUAAUGAAAGGACUAGAUUCGCUGCGUGCCAAAGAACUGUUCUGUCUGCAUGCUUUCUCACAACACCAGGCCAUGCGAGAAAUUGAUUAUCUAGAUGAGAAGUUGUCUAUUGCGUGCGGUGGUCUGCCAUUGUCUCUCCAAGUUCUAGGAGGAUUACAUCGCCAAGAGUCGAAAGAUGUCUGGAGCUCUCGAUUAGAUAAAAUUAGGGACGUACUGCUCAGCGAUGCAACACCAAUUCUAAGGGUUCUUGUGGCUAAAGGGGAUUCCUUAAAAGGCGAGUAUAGCAACCUCACAAGAGACUUGCAACCUACGCAGUUAAGGGAACUGAUUGUUUUAGGACGCAUUGGAAAGUUUCCAAGAUCUAUAGGGCAGUUACAACAGCUACAAAAGGUUGUUGUUGACGAAUAUCUGAACACCAGCCUGGAGGCUUUACCAGAAGAGUUUUCCAAUCUACAAUCGUUGGAACACCUUACACUACGGUGGUGUAGGGCUCUGACAACACUGCGAACAAAUUUCGGGAAAUUGGAGAACUUGAUACAUUUAGAUCUUGCCUUCAACAGCGGGUUGAAGGCUUUACCUCCCUCUUUUAAGCAACUGAUCAACCUCCAGUAUUUAGAUCUUCAAAGUUGUAGCAAUCUGGAGAUUCUGCCUCAUUUUUUGGGCAAAAUCACCACUCUUCAUUAUCUAAAUUUUAGAGAAUGUAGAGAACUGAAAGUCUUGCCCUCUCAAGUUCCAUGUCAGCUGUCUUUGAAGAGCCUAAAUUUGAGUGGUACAAGCAUUGAAGAAAUACCCAGUGAAAUGGGGAGAUUGAUUAACUUGGAAGUCCUUAACUUGGGAAGCCCUUAUUUGACAUCCUUGCCUGUUUCUUUUUGUAACUUGAAAAAUCUGCAGACACUCAAUCUUGAGGGUUGUUCAAGCCUCACAUGCAUACCAGAAUUAUUGGCAGAAAUGACUAACUUGAAUAUUCAUAUAACUGGUUGCCCAAAGCUCAAAGAAUUAUCUGAGAAUUCGUGA